ACUGAUAAGAAAAAAAUCUCUUCAAAUACGCUUCAAAUCAAAUAUUUUUCUCAAAAUUGACCACGUGCGAUUAAUUUAUUUUAUUUUUUACUGCUUUACUUUAAUUUCAACUGUGAAGCGACCACCCGCUACCGUGGAUGUAAGUAGAUCUAGAUGUAUAAAAAUUUCUCAAUAAAUUUCGCAAAUAUUGUGUUAAAGUUGUGAGAUUGGCAGCGCCAGUCAUGGGUAAAUUGAACGUCACUCACUUGCGAUAUUUGACGAAGGAAGAUUUUCGUGUUCUUACUGCGGUUGAAAUGGGUAUGAAAAACCACGAACUUGUACCUACCAUGCUGAUCGCGUCGAUUGCUGCGCUUCAUCAUGGCGGUGUGCAUAAAAUCUUGCAGCAACUUAGUAAACAAGAACUGGUGGCUUACGAAAGGGGAAAGCAUUACGACGGAUAUCGCUUAACAAAUGCGGGAUACGAUUAUCUAGCGUUGAAUGCGUUAGUAUCGAAGGGCGCAGUGCAUUCUUUCGGUAAUCAGAUUGGAGUGGGCAAGGAAUCGAACGUUUAUACUGUUACGAAUCCCGAAGGCGAGGAGCUCUGUCUCAAAUUGCACAGAUUAGGACGUAUUUGUUUCCGAAACUUGAAGGAGAAACGAGACUAUCACGGACGACGUCAUAAAGCCGGAUGGUUGUAUUUAUCUCGAAUAUCGGCCGAAAAAGAGUUCGCUUACAUGAAAGCGUUGCAUAGUAGAAAUUUCCCCGUUCCCACUCCGAUAGCUUGCAAUCGGCAUUGCGUUGUUAUGAAUCUCAUCGGUGGCCAUCCUCUUAAUCGCAUUUACGAAGUUCCCGACAUCGAACAACUUUACGACUCGCUCAUGAAUUUGAUAGUGAAACUGGGUAAUUGCGGCGUGAUUCACGGAGAUUUUAACGAAUUCAACAUCAUGUUGACAGAAAACGACUGCGCUCCGGUAAUCAUCGAUUUUCCUCAGAUGGUAUCUAUUAGUCAUCUCAACGCUAAACAGUUGUUUGAAAGAGAUGUAAACUGUAUUCGAGAAUUUUUUAAAAGAAGAUUCAAUUACGAAAGCGAGUGUUUUCCGAAAUUCGACGAUAUAGAGAAAGAAGAUGACAUGGACAUCGAGAUCGGUGUCAGUGGUUUUUGCGGAAAUGAUUCUAAUCAAGAUGACACCAAGUCGGAAAGCGAAAAUGAAAAUAACGACGACGACGACGACGAUGACGCGCGUGAAAAUGUUUCAGUUGGUGCAGAAAUAACGACAAAGGCGGCGGCGGCCGACGACCUCGACCUCGACCUCGACGUGAAAAUCGAUGCUUUGGAAAUGGACGAAAAAGGCGCGGAAAAUGCAGUGCACGAAUCAGCGGACGAAAAGGAUUGUGGCGCGAGUAUCGCGGAUAGUUUUUCGGAUAUUCGUAGUUACGCAACUUCGACCGCUUCGACGAUAGCUCCGAAUGUAAUACACGCGAGAAUUAAAAAAUCCCUUCACAAGCGAGAAAAACUGGACGCCCGUCGUAAGUGCGUGGCGAAAGGCGAAGCGAGCGCCGUUGUUCGUAGACGAAAGGAGAAUCGUAACGUAAUUAAAGAAUGUACUAGCGCCGGAUCUCUGUGGGCCUAAUCGAUCCCGACGGUUAUCCGAGUAUUAGAGUACGCAUACCGCGUACGUAAUGUAAUGCUCGUACGAGUACGUUAAAAAUGAAAAUAGCCAACCCAAUAGAAUUUCGAAUAUCGCGGAUGUACGUUCUAAUAGGCGAUUAUUAACGCGUACGAAUGCGAAUCUGUCUACUAGCGUUGAUUCGGUAGCUCCGCUUCCCUUCUUCUUUUUGCGUUGCACGAAUACGUAUUUAUUUAUCAAUCAGAUAGCGGUACACGGCGGUAUUGUAUUCCCGAGUCGAGUCGAGUCGAGUCGUAAACAUUGCGAGUAUUCGCCGGUGCCUGGUACGUCGAGGAAUUAUGUAGAAGAAAGGCGAGGCGUGUAACGUUUUGCGAUCGUUGUAAUUUAUUGUCGCGGUAAUUCGUAGUGGUACGACCAUGUUUUGUUCGGUUAAAUUUUUGAAAAAUAGAAAUCGAUUUUCAAUACGAAA